AUGAUUGCGGUUUGCUUGAUAUUGUUCGCUUGCACAGCUGCAGCGUCGGCAGGUGACCAGGAGAAAGUCGACGAGAAGCCGCCAAGAGAUGAUGAUUCCUUUUGUACCAAGGCGGAUUGUCCGUUGUACGGGUCGUGCUUGGAUUGUAAAUUUCCCGAAUGUGAAUAUGGAUCUUCAGUGAUACUAAACUGUACUACGAAGAGGCAUUGCGCUGGACAAUAUACAGUACAGAAAGAAGCAAAAUGCCGAUACUGCUGGCAAACGGAUGUCACAGAACACCACUGCGCACCGGUGCGGAACUGUUCAACCGUAGCUGUGCGACUUUUCCGCACAACGUGCCAUGUGCACCAAUGGGUCACAUGCAAAGGUCGACGUGCUUUCUAUAAAAAUGUUAGGUGCAGCUGGUCUUCAGGAUACAGUUGGUGGAAGGCGAUGUUUCUUUCGAUAACACUGGGUGGUUUUGGUGCUGAUCGUUUUUAUCUUGGCAUGUGGAAAAGUGCGAUCGGCAAACUGUUCAGUUUUGGAGGAUUUGGUGUGUGGACGCUGGUGGAUGUCAUUUUGAUUGGUGUGGGAUACAUCGGUCCUGCUGACGGUUCUUUGUUUAUAUGA